AUGAGAAUCAAGAGAGAAUGGAUAGACUCAUCUAGUGGCGAAAACCUAUUACCAAAUCUUGAGUAUUGGCGAAAGAUCACUAAACCAACUUAUCUUAGUUACUUAAAGCAUCGUAACAGAACAGAACAGGAUAUUAUUGAUGAUGAAGACGAACAAAGUAUCAUUGAGGAAAUUUUGAAUCUUUCUACGUUAGAAACAGAAAUCUCAGGUGAAUCUUUCAAACAGAAUCGUGAAAUAGAAGACGAUCAAAUAGUAGCAGUGUGUAUGCGCAUUCUUCUUGUAAAUGUACAAAAUAGGGAAUGUAUUUAUAGUAUUAUUUCUAUAGGACCUGUCACUAAAGAUUUGUUUGAAUCUGAAUUUCACUGUUCUGACAAUAUGAUGUCGAUCUGUCAAUACCACAAUGAAAUCUGCCCAAAUGAUCCUCUGAUUAAUUUGAGGUCCAAUUCAAAUUUUACAAAACAAUUACCUUCAAACAUUCUUGCAAUUUAUCUUAAUGAUCUCGAUGACAAGAUCAAAAGUUUGAUUCCAUCCAACAUUCACAACUUUUAA